ACUUUGACCAAAAAACCCAGAGAGAGAGAGAGGGGAAAGUAAGCUCUUACUUUCGUCUCUCCUUCCUCCUGAAGAAAAUUCUCACAUAUAUGCUAUAUAGAACCCACGACCGGGUCUUGUUUAAACAGCUCGCCACUCCCUUCCUCCUCAUCAUUUGAGCUAAACAAAGGCUCCUCUCUUUCCCUGCACUUUUCUACAAACACUUGAAACUUAACUAAAGACUUCAAUUCAUUAGCUGUUUCUUGCUCUUUCCAUCACAAGUACUGCUCAUAGGACUUGGGUAUGUGCACAGGCUCUAAGAGUGAUUUACCCCCCUUAAAUCCGAUCAUGGAAGACAAAUCUUACAGUCAAAAGGGAAGUCUCUUGUAUAAAUGCUCAGUUUUGCUCGAAUUGUCUGCCUCUGAUGAUCUUGCUGGCUUCAAAAUUGAGGUUGAACAGAAGGGUUUGGAUAUCGAUGAGGCAAGCUAUUGGUAUGGCAGAAGAAUUGGGUUGAAAAAGAUGGGCUUAGAAGAGAGGACACCCCUCAUGAUUGCUGCCUUGUUUGGAAGCGCCCAUGUUUUGAAGUAUAUCAUUGAAACCGGCAAAGUCAAUGUCAAUAGGGUGUGUGGCUCGGAUAGGGUCACUGCCCUUCACUGCGCUGUUGCCGGUGGUGCCGAUUCGUCAGUUGGGGUUGUGAAGCUCUUGCUUGAUGCAUCUGCUGAUCCUAACAGCGUUGAUGGUAACGGAAAUAAACCUGGUGAUCUCUUUGCCCCUUCAUCCAAGUGGCUGUGCAAUUCAAGGAAGAAAAUGAUUGAGUUGUUGCUAAAAGGCGAAAGUUUAAGUGAAGAUGAAGAAGAGAAACUGAUCAUAACGCCUCAGUUGGCAAGAGAGGGAAUUGAAAAGAAAGAAUAUCCUCUUGAUGUGACACUGCCAGAUAUAAACAAUGGAAUAUAUGGUACUGACGAGUUUAGAAUGUACUCUUUCAAGGUCAAGCCUUGCUCCAGGGCAUACUCUCAUGAUUGGACCGAGUGCCCAUUUGUUCAUCCAGGAGAGAAUGCAAGGAGGAGAGACCCAAAGAAGUACCCUUACAGUUGUGUCCCUUGCCCUGAAUUUCGCAAGGGAACAUGCCAGAAAGGUGAUUAUUGUGAAUAUGCACACGGUGUUUUCGAGUCAUGGCUGCAUCCUGCCCAAUAUCGUACCCGGCUUUGCAAGGACGAAACUGGUUGCGCACGAAAAGUUUGUUUCUUUGCACACAAGCCCGAGGAAUUGCGUCCUGUGUAUGCUGCUACAGGUUCAGCAAUGCCUUCACCGAGGUCAACUUCUAGUGCAGUGGACAUGGCAACUCUGAGUCCGUUGGUCCUCGGAUCAUCAUCUCUGUCGUUGCCUGGUACAUCAACACCACCAAUGUCCCCCUUGGCCGCAACCUCCUCAUCUCCCAAGAGUGGAGGCUUGUGGCAGAACAAAGUUAGCCUUACCCCACCUGCUCUGCAGCUCCCAGGAAGUAGGCUAAAGACAGCUUUCUGUGCUAGAGAUUUGGAUUUGGAGAUGGAAUUGCUUGGGCUGGAAAGUUACUCUAGCCACCUCCAGCAACAGCAACAGCAACUAAGGGAUGAGAUGUCUGGUCUCUCCUCGCCCUCUCACUGGAGCAGUAGGAUGGCAGAUCUGAAACCUACCACCCUUGACGAUGUUUUUGGAUCUCUUGAUCCUUCUUUAAUGUCUCCAAUGCAGGGAGUCUCAUUAAAAGCAAGCACACAAACCCAGUUACAAUCUCCAAAUGGGCUUCAGAUCCGCCAGAACAUGAACCAACUACGUUCAAGCUACCCAGCUGCCAAUCUCUCAUCUUCUCCAGCUAGGAACCCCACUUCAUAUGGGUUCGAUACAUCCGCUGCAGUAGCGGCUGCUGUAAUGAAUUCAAGGUCCUCUGCCUUUGCAAAACGGAGCCAGAGUUUCAUUGACCGCGGAGCAGUACCCAACCGAUUUGGCCCCACUGCAGCUGCAAACUCUGCAUCAAUGAUGUCCUCUAAUCUUUCCGAUUGGAACUCCCCUAAUGGGAAAUUGGACUGGGGCAUUCAAGGAGAUGAGCUGAACAAGCUCAAGAAGUCCGCUUCCUUUGGAUUUCGAAGCAACAAUAAUCCUGCGACAACAGCUGCCAACUUGACAGCUUCACGUGUUGCUGAGCCUGAUGUUUCUUGGGUUAAUUCAUUGGUUAAAGAUGUCCCCCCUGCUGGAAGCCCAUUUUUUGGUGCUGAGAAGCAAUAUAGUCGUCGUGAAGGAGUUCCCGAGUCGCUGCCACCAUGGAUGGAGCAGAUGUACAGAGAACAGGAGCAGAUGGUGGCAUAAACGGCUAUGCUAUUUAGCUUAUUAUCCUGACAAAUAAGUGUGCAUUUAAAUUUAGGAGAAGCAAAGUUGAUGCUAAAGCAAACUGCAGAUCAAAAGCAAAAGUGGAGCAGCAAGUAUGCUCAUCAUUGAGAGACCAAGUGAGAAUUAGGAUAAAAAUUAGGUGGAACAAGGAGAAUUUUUUAAUUAUUUUAUAUCCUUAUUUUUUUCCCCUCCCCUCUGGGAGAAUGUACUUUAUAUUUCGGUGGUGGAAGAAGAGAGUAAUUAUUUUCUCAAAUACUGCAAUCCCAGUAGGAAAAUCGGGUGCCAUUUUCCUUGAUGACUUCAGUGUAAACCUUAAUAUUAAUAAAGAUCUUGAUUGUUCUCAUGUA